UUUGGAAAAAAAAAUUAUAAAAGAUAAGCCGAGCAUAAAAAGAUAAGGAAAGAUCGAGGGAAGGCGAGGCUGGAAAUGGCGUCAGCUCUAACGACGCUUCUGACCUCGCCCGGAGCUGGGCCGCAUGCUCAUAACGGGAGGAAUUGGAAAGGGAACGGUCACGUGCGGAGUUUGUCGGUCACGUGCAAGGCGAAGGACGCCGAGAGCGGCGAGAGCGGAGCGAUAGAGUUUGCGGCGGCGGUGGGGGGCCUGGUGGCGAACCCGGUGAUCGGAGUGUCUCUGUACGCGCUGAAGACGACCGGUUGCGGCCUCCCGCCGGGGCCCGGGGGUUCGAUCGGGGCGGCGGAAGGGGUGAGCUACCUGGUGGUUGCCGGCAUCGUGGGGUGGUCUCUCUACACCAAAGUCCGGACGGGGUCCGGCCUCCCCGCCGGGCCCUACGGCUUGCUCGGGGCCGUGGAGGGCCUCUCCUAUCUCACCGUUCUUGCCAUCGCUGUGGUGUUUGGCCUCCAGUUCCUCGACAAGGGUUCCCUCCCCGGCCCACUCCCCGGCGACCAGUGCUUUGGUUAAGAGGCCAUGAAUUAGUUCCUUGGUUUCUUCUUCUCCUCCUCCUCCUCCUUUUCUUUUCUUUUCUUUUCUUUUUCUUUGGUUCGGUCUUGUUCUUGCCGUUAUCUGACUCCAGUAGUAAUAUCCAUGGUAUUCUGUGGAACUGUGCUUUUUCGGCAAUAUCCAUAACCACGAAAAAAAUAUAUAAUCCUAAAGCCUAUUUGAAUUCAAA